CUGCUACACGUUCAAAUGGAAGGUACAUCCCAUGUUGGGGGCUAUUCCCAUGAAGCUGUGGUAUAUGCACUACAAAAAUGUGGCAUUCGUCAUAUUGAUACAGCAAAAAGAUAUGGCUGUGAAUCCCUUCUUCAGAAGGCCAUCAAAGAAAGUGGUGUGAAACGAGAAGAUCUCUGGAUAACUACCAAACUCUGGCAUAGUGACUAUGGCUAUGAAAACACAAAACAAGCCUGCUUGGAAUCAUGCAGAAGACUUGGUGUUGAGUACCUUGAUCUUUACUUGGUACACUGGCCAGAUGCCCAAGUUCCUGGUAAAAGCAGUCGUGAGGUCCGAGCUGAAACCUGGAGAGCCAUGGAGGAGCUGUAUGCAACAGGGAUGUGUCGGUCAGUUGGCGUAAGCAACUUUCUCAUAAAUCAUCUUGAACAACUGAAAGAAGACUGUGAAGUAACCCCUCAUGUUAAUCAGGUUGAAUAUCACCCUUUCCAAAGACCCCAGGAGCUGCUGGAUUACUGUAGAAGCAGAAACAUUGUCUUUGAAGGAUACUGCCCUUUAGCCAAAGGUGAAGCUCUUGCUCAUCCUAAAAUAAUUCAGCUGGCAAAGAAGUAUGACAGAACCCCUGCACAGAUCUGUAUACGCUGGAGCAUACAGAAUGGGGUUGUCACUAUUCCAAAAUCUACAAAAGUAGAAAGGAUACAGGAAAACUGUGAGGUUUUUGAUUUUAGUCUGAAGGAAGAAGAUAUGGAAUCAUUAGACUCUAUGAACAUCAGCAAGAAACUGAUUCAUCUAACCUAUCCAUUGUGGAAAGGAUAGCUUCAGACCUGUGACUCUACACUGCAACAGUCAUGUAAUGGAAAUACUAAUGCAUUUGAACCGCACUAUGCUGCUUCCCGUGUGAAUUUUUCUCUAGUACUCUCAGAGCUCUUACCAAUGGAUUAUGUUUGAUGUUGUGUUCACAAAAUGAGUAAAAAGCUGUUUGGUUC